UUUCCUUAGUUUGGUGGGUUUUUGCGGGACGAGACAACCCACCCGUUGUUGCGGCUGUUUGAAGAGAGAGAAAGAGAAAACAAAACCUUGGAGGGAGAGAGAGAGAGAGAAAGAGAGAUGGCUACUGCCAUGGAGAUGGGAUCUCAGUGUCACCAGCAGAAUCACAACUUCCACCACUACUACUAACUUCAACAUUUCCAUUCCCCCCAUUCAUUUUACUUCUUUUUCAGAUCUUCCCCAUUCCCUUCCUUGUCGCUCAAAAUGCUGAUCUGGCUCUCAUUGUUUAUGUUUCUCAGAUCCAAAAGAAGCUUAAGUCCUUAAGACUUCGAAUAUUAUUUCAGCAUACUGGUGGUUGUCUUUAUUGUGUGGCUUCUUUUGGGGUCUCUUAAAAGAGCUUGAUGGGUUCCAGAUUCCCAUCUCAUCAGCUCAGCAAUGGCCUCUAUGUCUCAGGCCGGCCUGAGCAGCCAAAAGAAAGGACUCCCACGAUGAGUUCAACUGCUAUGCCCUAUACUGGUGGUGAUAUCAAGAAGUCCGGGGAAUUGGGUAAAAUGUUUGAUAUCCCUAUGGAUGGCUCUAAGUCUAGGAAAUCUGGACAGUUAAAUAGCUCAUCAAGGACUGCAUCUUUUGGAGGUGCUGCAACGCAUUCAGGACCCAUCACGGGUAAUGCAUCAGCUCGGGCUGGGUAUACAUCAGGUCCUGUAUCUUCAGGCAUGUCUGGCUCAGCUUCAUUAAAGAAAUCAAAUUCUGGGCCACUUAAUAAGCAUGGUGAUCCUGUGAAGAAGACAUCUGGUCCCCAAUCUGGUGGAGUGACACGCCAAAAUUCUGGCCCUAUCCCACCAGUUCUUCCUGCAACAGGUCUUAUUACAUCUGGGCCCAUUUCUUCUGGCCCACUAAAUUCAUCUGGGGCCCCAAGAAAGGUCUCUGGUCCUUUGGAAUCUAUGGGAUCAGUCAAAAUACCUGGUUCUUCUGUCGCUCACAACCCAUCCGUGACUACUCUUAGCCAAGAUGAUGAAUAUUCCUUCAGAAGAAAUUUCCCAAAGCCAAUUCUGUGGUCUGUGAUUCUGAUAUUUGUGAUGGGGUUCAUUGCUGGUGGUUUUAUUCUUGGAGCGGUCCACAAUGUGAUUCUGCUCAUUGUUGUAAUAAUUCUUUUUGGCACAGUUGCUGCAUUAUUCAUUUGGAAUACUUGUUGGGGAAGAAGAGCUAUCACAGGUUUCAUUUCUCGUUAUCCCGAUGCUGAACUGAGAACUGCCAAGAAUGGGCAAUAUGUGAAGGUUUCUGGGGUGGUUACCUGUGGUAAUGUACCCCUUGAGUCAUCCUUCCGGAAAGUUCCUAGAUGUGUCUAUACAUCUACCAGUUUAUAUGAGUACCGAGGAUGGGAUUCUAAGCCAGCCAAUUCUACACAUCGUCGUUUUACAUGGGGACUCAGAUCAUCUGAGAGGCAUGUGGUCGACUUCUACAUCUCUGAUUUCCAGUCUGGGUUAAGAGCAUUGGUCAAGACUGGCUAUGGCGCAAGGGUGACUCCUUAUGUUGAUGACUCCGUUGUUAUUGAUGUUAAUCCAGAAAACAAAGACUUGUCUCCUGAUUUUGUCCGAUGGUUGGGAGAGAGGAAUCUCUCAAGUGAUGAUCGUGUAAUGCGAUUGAAAGAAGGGUUCAUCAAAGAAGGGAGCACGGUUAGUGUGAUGGGAGUUGUUCAGAGAAAUGAUAAUGUGCUUAUGAUUGUCCCUCCACCUGAGCCAUUGACAACUGGAUGCCAGUGGGGCCAGUGUAUCUUUCCUGCUAGCCUUGAGGGUAUUGUUUUGAGAUUCGAAGAUACGUCAAAAAUUGAUGUCAUACCUGUUUAGAGCAUUUGGCUCUUUUGUGAAAUAUCUUGUUCCUAGUGUCAGAAUUGAUGAUGGUGUUGAAAAGUGGUGGUAAGUGUGUUGAUCAAGAUGACAUGGUGCUUUUUCUAUUUUUCUUUUUCUUUUCCAACAUGGUGUAUAGCUUUCGGGAAUUUUUGUUCCAUUAUUUUCCUAGGGUUUGAAAAAACAAAGCUUUUGUAAUGGGGCGUGGCUUGAAUUUAGUGACAAGUUUUACAGGUUUGAACAGACUGGUUAUGUUGAAGAAAGGAAAAUGUUUGAUUCAA